ACAAGAGUGAAAAACCAUCGCCGAGACCGUCGCGCUCCAACGGCAGCACACACUUCAGCGAUUUCUCUGAAACAGAGACUGAGUUUGAGGCCUGAAAUUUCAAUGAAAUGACUACCUGCUUUGAAGAAGUUUCCAUAACUUCACUUGGCCUGUCAGACAUAACCAGCUCUUCGUCAAUUUCUGAUAAAGUCUGUGUGUACUGGGGAUGUGAGCUCAGUUCCAGCCAAACCACAGCCGUGUUUGAGGCGGAAGAUGAUCUUUUGGAGAACCAGCUCUUCAUCAAAACAAUAUGCCUCGGUGCACAGGCAAGUGACGAGAUGCAUGUAGUUGCUGUAUCAGACGGAGUUGGCGAGUCUAAGCCUGUUCCAAUUGCCACCCUGCGUCACUGUAUGCCCAUGGUCAGCUUCCCUGCCUUGGAGCUCAUGCCGCCUGUUACCUUCAGUUUGUGUUCAGGCAAAGGGCCGGUGUUCAUCUCUGCUCAACAUAUUACACUUAAUCCUACGGAAAACACGGAGGAGCAGGAGGAGGAAGGAGGAGGUGGCUUCUUGGUUGACGAUUUGACGGACUGAACCAUGCUGAAUUGUCACCGAUUAACUGUGUGGAUGAAUUUGAACAUGUUUUGUGAUCAAAAUGUACAGCUCGGAUCUGUGGGUUCAAACAUCGAUAUGUGUACGUCAA